GUUGCCAGUUCACAUUUCCUCUGUGGUUUUCAUUAAAGUAAGUUACUAUCAUGCAACUAUAAGCAGCUGCUUCACCAGAAGCUAGCUCUGGACUUAACAAUUUUAGGACAAAAGUAGGCGGAAAUACCACUUCAUUCACCUUGCAAACAUCUUUGUGGACCUUUCUUCAGAACUGGGACAAAGAAAUCAUCAAAAAUAAAAAUCCACAAUGUCCAAUGCUGCAGACGCUGAGCAACCUCCAGAAAUCACAGAACAGGCAGAGAUGGUCCCCAUUGUGGACUCGGAACUACCUCUUGAACUUCCUCCUCCUCCUGAAGAUGAAUGGGACUCCAGUCCUAAAAGCACCAAUGUGAAUGCUUCUUCUUUUUCCUUUUCUCUACAUGGAAUAAUUCCAGUGGUCCUGGGGGUCUUCAGUCUGCUGCUCUUGAUGUUGUGUGGAUUCUUUGGUUAUCAGUACUUUCAGAGUGUUCAGGCAUCAGAGAGCAAGUUGAAGAGCCUUAACCAAUGGAUCGAUUCUUUCCAAAACAAAGCAGAAAGUUUUCUGCAGGCUCAACAAGUGUCUAGCCAAAAUAAAGUUCGAGAGGUCCUCCAAAACCAGCAGAAUAUCAUUGAAACUCUACAAGAAUUACAGGACAUACAAGGAGGCAGGUGUAGACCUUGUCAGAACCACUGGCGAUACCACAGAGGCCACUGCUACCACGAAACCAGAGAAAUGGGACCUUGGUUGAACUGUUCUGACAUUUGUGUAUCUAUAAAUGCUACAUUUUUAAAGACAGAAAGGGGAAAAUUGAUGACUAUUGCCAAGUUAUUACCAGUAAGUCACGCUUGGAUUGGUCUCUCUUAUAACCUGGAGAACAAGGACUGGAAGUGGGAGGAUGGUUCCUCUCCUUCUCCUGACCUGAAUUUACCCAACCCAAGUCUGGAUUUGCAGGGGAAAUGUGUGUAUUUAGAGGCACACACGGUUGACACUGCAGACUGCACCAAACCUUCUCCAUGUUUGUGUGAGAUGCCUGCCUGAGCUGGAAACUUGGAACAAGGUUAAUAAGAAAAGCCAUGAGGUUCACAGCUCCAUACUAUUCUAGAUUGAUGAUCUGCUUACCUUCAUUGCUGUUGUUAUUCCAUGUAAUCUGUAGUUCUUUUUUUAAAGCAGAAACUGAUAAAUGAAUCAAUGAUAAAAAGAGGCUGAGUAUAGGAUCGAGGAAGAAUAUCUGGGUAGACCUAAAAACAGAAAUGACAAAACUUGUUGAUUUUGUGAUAAUUAUAUAACUGAGGUAAUAAACAUAUCAUUUCUCAUGAAUCCUUAGCCUUCUUGGGGUCUUUCUUAAAUUUGAAAAUCAAUUUAUUCACUUAGAAUUGUAACAGCAUGGAAACAAACUUCCAGAACAAAUACAAUAAGAACUGUAACUGAUGGUGAUUGAACACAUAACAUACCAAGCAAGCAUACAAAGAAAUAUCGAUGGUA